AUGCGCCUAAGAAGUAGAAUAUUACCCCAGGCGGGUACCAAAGUUAAAAACGAUGGAGAAUCCCGCCCCGGGCCUACGAGCCCGGGCUGCCCCUCGUACUCUGGGGGGGGCAACGUAUCGCUAAUUGCCCAGUCUCAUACUGUUGCAACACAGUCAAUACAUGAUGAAUCAUCAUCAUGUUAUUCACCACCGUCAUCAGUGAUAUCAUCUGUCAACUCAUCACCACAAUCCAUUUCAUCAACCCAACAAUUUAGAUCACCCCAUUUAUCAUCUACGUCAUCAUCACAAUCCAUCGGGGAUGUUGCGCAGGAGGCUAUUUCAGCUAAAGUUACUGCGCCCGCCCUAGAUGGACGGCGCACACGUAAAACGUGGUCUAGGGAAAUGAAUAUUUUCAUCAUGCGCCAUUAUUUCAUCCUCACAGACCUUGAAAUAAACACAAAAUCAUACCUCACACCAUUACAUGCACGUUUUAUAUUAGAAUUUCCUGACAUGGCUGAGGUAGGAAAACAAAGAAUAGGGGACCAACGCCGUGCCAUUGUCCAGCGUGGUUUCCUUAAAAACCAAGAAAUCCAUAAUAUUAAAGAGGAAGUUAGAGCUUUAUUGCAAAAUACAACAGCAUCAGAACAGAAUAAUAUUACAGACUACACCCAAUCACGUAGAAUCAGAUGGACGGAUAAACUAAAUGAAGAAAUUAUGAGAAGUUAUUACCGUUUAACAAAACUCGAAACCGAUCUAACUACAUAUAGGCCACUACUGCAUCAAGAUGUAAUCUCUAAGUGCCCUUCAAUCGCACACCUUUCAGUGCAAAGAAUAGCAGACCAACGCAGAUCCAUCGUCCAUAACAAGCUUUUAUCUACUGAUAAAUUAAACACAAUAAGAGAAGAAAUCAAAAAUGAACUGAGCACUACGAUAUUACAACUUUCAGACGAAAAUACUACAAUCGAUGCAACGCAAGCAAGUUAUAACUAUCAGACCCCUCAAGUGACACAAACAUUCACUAGUGAACAAAUCCCUGCUACUACACAAACUACCCAAGAUUCACUAAAGCUUCCUUCAGAAUUAACUAAACAAUUAGAAGAACUAUUUACAGAUAUUUAUACUAGAUUUAAAGACUCAGAUCCUACAAAGCGGCCAUAUAUUCCUAAACUAAAACCUUCAAAGAAAUUAUCAUCUACUGUAAACUACAUCAACAAUGAAAUACUUCCAAAACUACUGAAAUCUGACGUAGACUUUAACACAAUACAGACAUUAAUAUACAGUGCUGCCUUCACCUCGGCUAAGUUUAUUGGUGCUAGAAUUAUAGAAGAUGAAGUAACAUGUAGUAAACAACAGAGAAUCCCAUGGUGGCAAAGAAGACUAGAAGGCAGAAUUAAAGAUCUGAGAGCAAACAUAGGUAGACUUAACGAAUAUGUUAAAGGCGUUCGAAAACUUUCACAACCCAAUAAUUCCCACGACAGUAACUGUAUUCCGCCAACAUCUGAAUCACUACAAACAUAUUGGUCAAAUAUUUGGUCUCAACCUAUUGAACACCGACAUAACCAGUGGAUUGACGAAGAUAAAGAAAUAUUGAAUCAUGUCCCAGAUAUGGAAUUUGAACAAAUUCAGAUAGAUCUUUUAAAAAGUGUCAUAGAGCGUUCCCACAACUGGAAAGCCACAGGUACAGAUAAUAUACACAAUUUCUGGUACAAAAAACUUACACGUACGCAUGAACUGUUACUUAAACAUAUCAACACAUUCAUUCAAUCACCCAAUUUACUGCCAUAUUACAUCACACAAGGUUUAACAUAUAUGCUACCAAAAGAUCUAUCAGAUUCUGAAAACCCCUCCAAAUAUCGCCCCAUCACUUGCUUACAGAAUAUAUAUAAAAUAAUUACUGCAUGCUUAAGUGAGUCUAUCUAUAAACACAUACAUGAGCACAACAUUAUGGCAGAAGAACAGAAAGGAUGUCGCAAAAACAGCCAGGGCUGUAAAGAGCAAUUAACCAUCGAUUCAGUAGCAUCAAUACAAGCACUCAGACAAAAACGUAGCAUCUAUACCAUGUACAUCGACUAUAAAAAAGCUUUCGAUUCCGUACCACACUCAUGGCUGAUAUACAUUUUGAAACAUUACAAAAUCAAUCACACUAUUAUUCACUUUUUAGAAAAUAUUAUGCGUAAUUGGAACACUAAACUAAAAGUACACAAUUCUCAAAAAACUACCGAAACUGAUGUCAUCUCAAUUAAAAGAGGUAUUUUCCAGGGAGACUCAUUGAGUCCCUUAUGGUUCUGCCUAGCUCUUAACCCACUCUCACAUAUGCUAAAUAGACAACGUAUAGGAUUCGAAAUUAAACACAACACCCAACAUACAACUCUUUCUCACCUCAUGUAUAUGGAUGAUAUAAAACUCUUUGCAGGCACAUCUGAUGAUAUCCAUACACUUGCCACCAUCACACAGAACUUCUCAAAUGAUAUUUGCAUGGAAUUUGGUAUAAACAAAUGCAAAAUUCAAUCUAUCAACAAAGGUGUCGUAGAACAGGCUCCUUAUGAACUACCAAGUCACGAAAUAAUAGAUACAGUAGACCCUGUGGAAGGAUAUAAAUAUUUAGGUUAUACUCAGUCACAAGAAAUCCACCAUAAAGAAAUCAAAAAGCUACUUCAACAAAGUUUUAAGAACAGACUUCAUAAGAUACUUCAUACCCAACUCAACGCAAGGAAUACAAUUAAGGCUAUUAACACGUUUGCCAUACCCAUAUUAACGUACUCUUUUGGAAUCAUUCGAUGGAACCAAACCGAACUUGCAACACUUCAAAGAAUUAUCAACACCACAAUGACUAAGCACAGGAAGCACCACCCUAGAUCAUGUAUACAAAGAUUAACCUUACCUAAAUGUGAAGGAGGAAGAGGUCUCAUCGACAUCAAGAAUCUUUAUAAUAAACAGCUCAUACUACUCCGAACUUUCUUUCACAAGCGCUCUAAUCAAUCACCUUUACACAACGCCAUUUGCCAAGCCGACUCAUUCACACCACUCACACUUGCAGACCAUACUAAACAAAUUAAUAUAACCUCCAAACAGCAGAAAAUAGACGUUUGGACGACAAAAUCCCUUCACGGCCGGCAUCGUCUUGAUCUAACCAACCCCGUCGUUGAUAAAAUUGCAUCAAACGCAUGGUUGAAACGAGGUGAACUGUUUCCCGAAACAGAAGGAUUUAUGCUGGCUAUCCAAGACCAGGUAAUUGACACAAAAAAUUAUAGAAAAUACAUCAUACGUGAUAGUACUAGUAGCGAUCACUGCCGACACUGUCAUAAACAACCUGAAACAAUCCAGCACAUAACAGGUGCAUGCUCAUCCAUCACACAAACUGACUAUAAACACAGACACGACCAGGUAGCAGCUAUAGUACACCAGACACUUGCAUACAAACACAAACUCAUUACAGAAAAAACACCAUAUUAUAAAUACACCCCACAAAUCAUUUUAGACUCACCGGACUUCAAGAUGUAUUGGGACAGAACAAUACUGACCGAUAAAACUGUACACCAUAAUCGACCAGACAUAACACUUCACGAUAAGAAAAAUAAAACUAUAUAUUUAAUAGACAUAGCAAUCCCGAACACACAUAAUCUUAGUUCCACCCACACAAAUAAACUAUCAAAAUAUACAGAUUUAUCAAUAGAACUCAAAACCCAGUGGCAGGUACACACCGUUAAAACUAUCCCUAUUAUUAUUUCUAGUACAGGCGUCAUCCCCAAAACUCUACACACCAGUCUGAAAACUCUUAACUUACACCCUCUCACAUACGCUCUGCUACAGAAAGCAGUCAUACUAAAUACCUGCAGGAUUGUAAGGAAAUUCCUAUCUAUAGACUGA